AUUUGCACCUGGCUAGUUUCAGUAUCAUCAACAUCAUUCCUUGCUGUGGGAAAAUGAACUUGCACUCCCUGUUCCUCAUCUUCUACAACAGGGACAUUUUGAACCUGAUUUUGAACCUGAAUCCCAUCAUCCUCAUCAGAGUCAAUCUGAGGUUCCAGCCGAGUCACAACAGGAACAGUACUGAAUGUUCAUAACCUUUCUGACUUUCAAAUAUUGGACCAUAUAUUGAAUUCCAGAAAAUGUGUGUGAUGUAAGAGCCAAAUUAUCCAUGAUACAGACUCCAGAUUAAGAAUAUACACUUUUUACUAAAUGUCCUGUGAGUAAGUAUAUAUACAUGCUCCAGAAACUGAGAUUUAGAUGUGUGGUUGAAAAGCUUAUGUGAGCUAUCUCCUUGUUGUAUAUCUUCAAUCAUUUUUGUGUAUUUUUUCCUGCUCAUGAACUCUGCCUGAAUAACCUAGAUAAGAAAAGUAUGUGAUCCUAGGUUUAAACAUGAUGAAUUAUGUAAGGUAUGAGAGUAGCACAGAUAAACAUAAAUAGUUGUGUUCAAGGAAUGUUCCUCUUCCUGUUAGCUGAAAGGUAUUUAAGACUUGUGUAUACUCAAUAAACAUAUCUCACAGACUCCCAGGUUGUUGUGAUUGGAGGGGCUGGCAGGGGGGCCUAACCUUUUUGAUCAAAGAAUGGUGUGAAUGGCUGGACAUUUUUUUCUGAACAGGUUUAGAGUUUCUUAAAAAGCUUCCCUCCUACAUGGGAUGUGGAAAGCAGACAUUUGAGAAUUGAUUACACUUACACUCCAUUCAUUAAAAAAGAUCAGAGGGGUUGAAUAUUCUCAGGGUGUAUUUUUCUUUUUCUCUGUUUCAAGAGACCAUGCCCAAAACAGUAGCAAUAGUCGGAGCUGGUCCAAGUGGACUAGCUUCCCUCAAAUGCUGCUUGGAUGAAGGACUGAAGCCUACCUGCUUUGAGAGGAGUGAUGACAUUGGGGGAAUUUGGCAAUACACAGAAAAUGUUGAAGAAGGAAGACCCAGCAUCUACAAAUCAUUGGUCAGUAACGCUUCUAAAGAGAUGUCAGCCUUUUCAGACUUCCCGUACCCAGAAGAUUUUCCUGUCUUUUUGCCCAAUGCCAGGCUUCUGGAAUAUCUGGCUAUGUAUACAAAACAUUUCGAUCUACGGAGACACAUUCAGUUCAAAACUAAAGUGAUCAACAUUAGGAAGUGUCCUGACUUCGCUGUCACUGGCCAAUGGGAUGUUAUCACAGAGACCAAAGGGGAGCAGAAGUCAGCCAUCUUUGAUGCUGUGAUGGUUUGCACUAGUUACCUAACUUACCCUAUGAUGCCACUCACUUCUUUUCCUGGUAUAGAAAAAUUUAAUGGCAUGUAUCUUCAUAGCCGGCACUAUAAAAACGCAGAAGUAUUCAGGGAUAAAAGAGUACUUGUGAUUGGCAUGGGGAAUUCAGGAGUUGACAUUGCAGUGGCAGCAACACAGACAGCAAAAAAGGUCAUGAUUACCACAAGCAGAGGUGCAUGGGUGAUAAGUCGUGUUUUUGACAAUGGCUACCCAUGGGACAUGGUGUUCCUUACUCGUUUUAUGAACAUGGUCCGAAAUAGUCUUCCUGGGCCUGCCACAGGAUGGCUGAUUGCAAACCGAAUGAGCCAGUGGUUUGAUCAUGCCAACUAUGGAAUCAUUCCAAAAGAUAGAUCUGUGUUGAGAGAGCCAGUGAUAAAUGAUGAACUGCCUUCUUGCAUCAUCAGUGGGAAGAUCACUAUUAGACCUGAAGUGAAGGCAUUUAAAGAAAAUGCUGUUUUAUUUGCAAAUACCCCUGAGGCAGAAGAUGUGGAUGUUGUUGUCUUUGCCACUGGAUACCAGUCUUCAUUUCCUUUCAUUGAUGAGUCAAUCAUCAAAGUUGAAAAUAAUCAUGCUUCAUUGUACAAAUACAUCUUCCCCCCUCAGCUGGAGAAACCAACACUUGCCUUUAUAGGGUUCCUCAGGGCAUUUGGACCACACAUACCAGUAGUGGACAUCCAGACACGCUGGGUCACUCGUGUCUUUAAUGGCUUAUGUAAAUUGCCUCCAGAGAACAUAAUGCUGAAGGAGGUCAAUGAAAUUAAGAAAAACAAGAUAAACUGGUUUGGCUUGACAUUUGAUGAGGUUCUGAAGACAGAUUGGAUUGUAUACAUGGAUCAACUGGCCUCCUUUAUUGGUGUAAAACCUAGUGUGCUAGCUCUGCUUUUCAAAGAUCCAGAAAUAGCCACAAAGAUAUUCUUUGGGCCAUGCUCUGCCUACCAAUACCGUUUAACUGGACCAGGGAAAUGGGAAGGAGCCAGAAAUUCAAUCCUGAGCCAGUGGGAGAGAACCUUGAAGCCCACAAGAACCCGAGUUGUAGAAGAUACUUCAAGCUUCCAUACAUAUGUGCUUAAAGUGCUUGCCCUCUUUGCUGUCUUUGUUGGAAUUUACUUCAGUUUCAAUUAGUUUUGGUGUAUCUACAGGGCAAUUAUUUGGUACUAGAGUAAAAACCAUGGGGAAACACAGUAUAUUCAUGAGAUGGAAUAUGAAUGGUCUUUAAACCGCUUAUUUCAAUGGGAAACCCAUGAUCAUUUAACAGAGGGUAAGUUGCUGAUGACCUGCCCAUCUGAUGCUCAUGGAAAAAUUGAAGACAAGCAAUUAUGAUGAUGAUGAUGAUGAUAAUUUUAUUUCUUACCCACCUCCGCUUGUGGCUCGAGGCAGGUUACAGCAUAGUUAAAACACAUAAACAUUGCAAAAACUCUAUAAAUACACAUACUAAAAUGUAUUUCUAUAAAAGAUAAUAUUAAAAUGAAUUUCUAUAAAAUACAUAUUAAAAUACACAAAACAGAGGCAAGAGUUUAGAAUACAUGCUUAAAACUGGCUGGGUAGGCCUGCUAGGAGAGAUAGGUCUUUAGAUGGUUUUUAAAUUCUGAAAGCUCAUUUAGCUGUCGGAGCUCUUCAGACAGGUCAUUCCACGGUUUUGGGGUGGCCAAUGUAAAGGUCUGCUGGGUGACGAUCGCCAGUUGGGUUCUGGCUGGUUGUAAUAAAUGCCCCCUAGAAGACCUCAGCGUCCGAAGGGGAGGAUUGUAUGUGGGGCAAUCUUUUAGGUAACCUGGACCAAACCAUGUAGGGCUUUAAAGAUUAUAACCAACACCUUGUACUUCGCCCAGAAACUAAUUAGCAGCCAGUGGAGUGACUUUAAUAUAUAUGUGAUAUGCUUACUCCUGGAUGUUCCAAUCUGGCCGCUGGAGCUUCUGAAAUUUGUACAAAGGUAGCCCAAUGUAAAGUCCAGCCUUGAGGUUUCCAGGUGUGCACUACCAUCUUUAGGUCCUCCAAAUCUAGGAAGGGGCACAGCUGGCAUAUCAGCCAAAUUAAAGUCAAUACCCUUACAAAAUGUACUGUCUAUAGAUCCUUUGCCUACAGGUUCCUAUAGGUUAGCUAUAAAAUGGACUAUGUAUCAUGUGAUGGGACACAUAUAUUGUGCAAAGGGCAUCAUUUUACUGUGUGAUGAGGUCCAGACUUGUGUUCAAAAGAAUUCUACUUUAUUGCUCUUAUACAUGUUCUUAUCUGUAUGUUGUACUUUGAAUGUGUUUGUGUUGUCUACUGAGGAAGAAAGUCCACAUCAACUGUCUAUAGUAGUUUCCUGUUGAUUUCUCCAAGUAAUAAAGAGUGAAUUAAUUUGUCAGA